GAUUCCGGGGCCGCCGCUGCUGCUGUCGCUGUCGCCGAGCCCAGUCGAGCUGCGCUCACCUCGGGCUCCAGCUCCGGCUCCGUCUCCACCUCUGCCUUUGCCCUGGCGGCGCGACCCUGUCCCGGGCGCGGCCCCCAGCAGUCGCGCGCCAUCAACCUGGCGCCCGCCGUGCAGCCUGGGCCCGGCGCGAUGGGGGCCGCCGCUGGCCGGAGCUCCCACCUGGGGCCCGCGCCCGCCGGCCGCCCGCAGCGCUCUCUGCUCCUGCUGCAGCUGCUGCUGCUCGUCGCGGCCCCGGGGGCCACGCAGGCCGAGGCCGCCCCGUUCCCCGAGCUGUGCAGUUAUACAUGGGAAGCUGUUGAUACCAAAAAUAAUGUACUUUAUAAAAUCAACAUCUGCGGAAGUGUGGGUGUUGUCCAGUGCGGGCCAUCAAGUGCUGUUUGUAUGCACGACUUGAAGACACACACUUAUCAUUCAGUGGGUGACUCUGUUUUGAGAAGUGCAACCAGAUCUCUCCUGGAAUUCAACACAACAGUGAGCUGUGACCGGCCAGGCACAAAUCACAGAGUCCAGAGCAGCAUUGCCUUCCUGUGUGGGAAAACCCUGGGAACUCCUGAAUUUGUAACCGCAACAGAAUGUGUGCACUACUUUGAGUGGAGGACCACUGCAGCCUGCAAGAAAGACAUAUUUAAAGCAAAAAAGGAGGUGCCGUGCUAUGUGUUUGAUGAAGAGUUGAGGAAGCAUGAUCUCAAUCCUCUGAUCAAGCUUAGCGGUGCCUACUUGGUGGAUGACUCCGAUCCGGACACUUCUCUGUUCAUCAAUGUUUGUAGGGACAUAGACACACUUCGAGACCCAGGUUCACAGCUGCGGGCCUGUCCCCCUGGCACUGCCGCCUGCCUGGUAAGAGGCGACCAGGCGUUCAAUGUUGGCCAGCCCCAGGAAGGACUGAAGCUGGUGCGCAAGGACAGGCUUGUCCUGAGUUACGUGAGGGAAGAGGCAGGAGAGCUAGACUUUUGUGACGGUCACAGCCCCGCAGUGACUAUUACGUUUGUUUGCCCGUCGGAGCGGAGAGAGGGCACCAUUCCCAAACUCACUGCUAAAUCCAACUGCCGCUAUGAAGUUGAGUGGAUUACUGAGUAUGCCUGCCACAGAGAUUACCUGGAAAGCAAAACUUGUUCUCUGAGCGGUGAGCAGCAGGAUGUCUCCAUAGACCUCACACCACUUGCCCAGAGCGGAGGUUCACCCUAUAUUUCAGAUGGAAAAGAAUAUUUGUUUUAUUUGAGUGUCUGUGGAGAAACUGAAACACAGUUCUGUAAUAAAAAGCAAGCUGCGGUUUGCCAAGUGAAAAAGAACAAUACGUCUCAAGUCAAAGCAGCAGGAAGAUACCAGAAUCAGACCCUCCGGUAUUCGGAUGGAGACCUCACCUUGAUAUAUUUUGGAGGCGAUGAAUGCAGCUCAGGGUUUCAGCGGAUGAGCGUCAUAAACUUUGAGUGCAACAAAACCGCAGGUAAAGAUGGGAAAGGAAAUCCUGUAUUCACAGGAGAGGUUGACUGCACCUACUUCUUCACAUGGGACACGAAAUACGCCUGUGUUAAGGAGAAGGAAGACCUCCUCUGCGGUGCCGUCGAUGGGAAGAAGCGCUACGACCUGUCCGCGCUGGUCCGCCACGCAGAACCAGAGCAGAACUGGGAAGCCGUGGAUGGCAGCCAGACGGAAACAGAGAAGAAGCAUUUUUUCAUUAAUAUCUGUCACAGAGUGCUGCAGGCAGACAAGGCGCGAGGGUGCCCCGAGGAUGCGGCAGUGUGCGCAGUGGAUAAGAAUGGAAGUAAAAAUCUGGGAAAAUUUAUUUCUUCUCCCACAAAAGAGAACGGCAACAUUCACCUCUCUUAUUCAGAUGGUGAUGAUUGUGGUCGUGGCAAGAAAAUAAGAACUAAUAUCACACUUGUAUGCAAGCCAGGUGAUCUGGAAAGCGCACCAGUGUUGAGAACUUCUGGGGCAGGCGGUUGCUUUUAUGAGUUUGAGUGGCACACAGCUGCGGCCUGUGUGCUGUCGAAGACAGAAGGGGAGAACUGCACGGUCUUUGACUCCCAGGCAGGGUUUUCUUUUGACUUAUCACCUCUCACAAAGAAAAAUGGUGCCUAUAAAGUUGAGACAAAGAAGUAUGACUUUUAUAUAAAUGUGUGUGGCCCGGUGUCUGUGAGCCCCUGUCAGCCAGACUCCGGAGCCUGCCAGGUGGCAAAAAGUGACGAGAAGACUUGGAACUUGGGACUGAGUAAUGCGAAGCUUUCGUAUUAUGAUGGGAUGAUCCAACUGAACUACAGAGGCGGCACGCCUUAUAACAAUGAAAGACACACACCGAGAGCUACGCUCAUCACCUUUCUCUGUGAUCGAGACGCCGGGGUGGGCUUCCCUGAGUAUCAGGAAGAGGAUAACUCCACCUACAACUUCCGGUGGUACACCAGCUAUGCCUGCCCGGAGGAGCCCCUGGAAUGCCUGGUGACCGACCCCUCCACACUGGAGCAGUACGACCUCUCCAGUCUGGCAAAAUCUGAAGGUGGCCCUGGAGGAAACUGGUACGCCAUGGACAACUCAGGGGAGCAUGUCACGUGGAGGAAAUACUACAUUAACGUGUGUCGGCCUCUGAAUCCAGUGCCGGGCUGCAACCGAUACGCAUCGGCUUGCCAGAUGAAGUAUGAAAAAGAUCAGGGCUCCUUCACUGAAGUGGUUUCCAUCAGUAACUUGGGAAUGGCAAAGACUGGCCCGACAAUUGAGGACAGCGGCAGCCUCCUUCUGGAAUACGUGAAUGGAUCGACCUGCACCACCAGCGAUGGCAGACAGACCACAUACACCACGAGGAUCCAUCUCGUCUGCUCCAGGGGCAGGCUGAACAGCCACCCAAUCUUUUCUCUCAACUGGGAGUGUGUGGUCACUUUCCUGUGGAACACAGAGGCUGCCUGUCCCAUCCAGACAGCAACGGAUACAGACCAGGCUUGCUCUAUAAAGGAUCCCAACAGUGGAUUUGUGUUUAAUUUUAGCCCGCUAAACAGUUCGCAAGGAUAUGUGUUCCUCAACAUUGGGAAGACUUUUGUGUUUAAUAUCUGCGGCACAAUGCCUGUCUGUGGGACCAUCCAGGGAAAACCUGCUUCUGGCUGUGAGGCAGAAACCCAAACUGAAGAUCCCCAGAAUCUGAAGCCAGAAAGGGCGGUCGGAAUUGAGAAAAGCCUCCAGCUGUCUACAGAGGGCUUCAUCACUCUAACCUACAAAGGGCCUGUCUCUGCCAAAGGUUCUGCUGAUGCUUUUAUCAUCCGCUUUGUUUGCAAUGAUAGUGUUUACCCAGCAACCUCCAAAUUCCUGCAUCAAGACAUCGACUCUGGGCAAGGGAUCCGAAACACUUACUUUGAGAUUGAAACUGCGUUGGCCUGCGUUCCUUCUCCAGUGGACUGCCAAGUCACUGACCUGGCUGGAAAUGAGUACGACCUGAGUGGCCUAAGCAUAGUCAGGAAGCCUUGGACGGCUGUUGACACCUCUGUCGAUGGGAGAAGGAGGACCUUCUAUUUGAGCGUUUGCAGUCCUCUCCCUAACAUUCCUGGAUGCCAUGGCAGUGCAAUGGGGUCUUGCUUAGUGUCAGAAGUCAAUAGCUGGAACCUGGGUGUGGUGCAGAUGAGUCCCCAGGCUGCGGCGAAUGGAUCUUUGAGCAUCAUGUAUGUCAACGGUGACAAGUGUGGGAACCAGCGCUUCUCCACCAGGAUCACGUUUGAGUGUGCUCAGAUAUCGGGCUCACCAACGUUUCAGCUUCAGGAUGGCUGUGAGUACGUGUUUAUCUGGAGAACUGUGGAAGCCUGUCCCGUUGUCAGAGUGGAAGGAGACAACUGUGAGGUGAAAGACCCAAGGCAUGGCAACUUGUAUGACCUGAAGCCCCUGGGCCUCAACGACACCAUCGUGAGUGCCGGCGAAUACACCUAUUACUUCCGGGUCUGUGGGAAGCUUUCCUCAGACGUCUGCCCCACAAGUGACAAAUCCAGGGUGGUCUCCUCCUGUCAGGAAAAGCGGGAACCGCAGGGAUUUCACAAAGUGGCAGGUCUCCUGACUCAGAAGCUAACUUACGAAAAUGGCUUGUUAAAAAUGAACUUCACUGGGGGGGACACUUGCCAUAAGGUUUAUCAGCGCUCCACAACCAUCUUCUUCUACUGUGACCGCAGCACCCAGCAGCCAGUGUUUCUAAAGGAGACUUCAGAUUGUUCCUACUUGUUUGAGUGGCGAACGCAGUAUGCCUGCCCACCUUUCGAUGUGACUGAAUGUUCAUUCAAGUAAGUCAAUGGAUACGUUGUCUCUUUUAGACAGACUAACUUGGUAUGAUUUUGCUUUAAUAAUUAGUGAUCUUGGAGCCAUCACUGCGGCGACGGAGACCGGGAGCACUACCUCAUCAAUGUCUGCAAGUCUCUGGCCCCGCAUGGCGGCUGCACUGAGCCAUGCCCUCCAGAAGCAGCCGCGUGUCUGCUGGGUAGCUCCAAGCCCGUGAACCUCGGCAGGGUAAGGGACGGACCUCAGUGGAGAGAUGGCGUAAUUGUCCUGAAAUACGUCGAUGGCGACUUAUGUCCAGACGGGAUUCGGAAAAAGUCAACCACCAUCCGAUUCACCUGCAACGAGAACCAGGUGAACUCCAGGCCCAUGUUCAUCAGCGCCGUGGAGGACUGUGAGUACACCUUCGCCUGGCCCACGGCCACAGCCUGUCCUGUGCAGAACAAUGAGCAUGACGACUGCCAGGUCACCAACCCAAGCACAGGACACCUGUUUGAUCUGACCUCCUUAAGUGGAAGGGCGGGAUUCACAGCUGCUUACAGCGAGAAGGGGCUGGUCUACAUGAGCAUCUGUGGGGAGAAUGAAAACUGCCCUCCUGGCGUGGGCGCCUGCUUUGGACAGACCAGGAUCAGCGUGGGCAAGGCCAGCAAGAGGCUGAGAUACGUGGACCAGGUCCUGCAGCUGGUGUACAAGGACGGGUCCCCUUGUCCCUCCAAAUCCGGCCUGAGCUAUAAGAGCGUGAUCAGUUUCGUGUGCAGGCCUGAGGCCGGGCCAACCAAUAGGCCCAUGCUUAUCUCCCUGGACAAGCAGACGUGCACUCUCUUCUUCUCCUGGCACACGCCGCUGGCCUGCGAGCAAGCGACGGAAUGUUCCGUGAGGAAUGGAAGCUCUAUUGUUGACUUGUCUCCUCUCAUUCAUCGCACGGGUGGUUACGAGGCUUAUGAUGAGAGUGAGGAUGACGGCUCCGAUACCAACCCUGAUUUCUACAUCAAUAUUUGUCAGCCACUAAAUCCCAUGCACGGAGUGCCUUGUCCUGCUGGAGCCGCUGUGUGCAAAGUUCCUAUUGAUGGUCCCCCCAUAGAUAUCGGCCGGGUCGCAGGACCACCAAUACUCAAUCCGGUAGCGAAUGAGAUUUACUUGAAUUUUGAAAGCAGUACUCCUUGCUUAGCGGACAAGCAUUUCAACUACACCUCGCUCAUUGCGUUUCACUGUAAGAGAGGCGUGAGCAUGGGAACGCCUAAGCUGUUAAGGACCAGCGAGUGCGACUUUGUGUUCGAAUGGGAGACUCCGGUCGUCUGCCCUGAUGAAGUGAGGACGGAGGGCUGUGCCCUGACGGAUGAGCAGCUCCUCUACAGCUUCAACUUGUCCAGCCUCUCCACGAGCACCUUUAAGGUGACUCGAGACUCACGCACCUACAGCGUUGGGGUGUGCACCGCUGCGGCCGGGCCAGAACAAGGAGGCUGUAAGGAUGGAGGAGUCUGUCUGCUCUCGGGCACCAAGGGGGCAUCCUUUGGACGGCUGCAGUCAAUGAAACUGGAUUACCGGCACCAGGAUGAAGCUGUCAUUUUAAGUUAUGUGAAUGGUGAUCGUUGCCCUCCAGAAACUGAUGAAGGCAUCCCCUGUGUCUUCCCCUUCACAUUCAAUGGGAAGAGCUACGAGGAGUGUGUCAUAGAGAGCAGGGCAAAGCUGUGGUGUAGCACAACUGCGGACUACGACAGAGAUCAUGAGUGGGGCUUCUGCAGACACUCAAACAGCCACCGGACAUCCAGCAUCAUAUUUAAGUGUGAUGAAGACGAGGACAUUGGGAGGCCACAAGUCUUCAGUGAAGUGCGUGGGUGUGAUGUGACGUUUGAAUGGAAAACAAAAGUUGUUUGCCCUCCAAAGAAGAUGGAGUGCAAAUUCAUCCAGAAACACAAAACCUACGACCUGCGGCUGCUCUCCUCUCUCACCGGGUCCUGGUCCCUGGUCCACGACAGAGUCUCGUACUAUAUAAAUCUGUGCCAGAGAAUAUAUAAAGGGCCCCUGGGCUGCUCUGAAAGGGCCAGCAUUUGCAGAAGGAGCACAACUGGUGACGUCCAGGUCCUGGGACUCGUUCACACGCAGAAGCUGGAUGUCAUAGGUGACAAGGUGGUUGUCAUGUACUCCAGAGGUUAUCCGUGUGAUGGAAAUAAGACUGCAUCCUCCGUGAUAGAAUUGACCUGUACAAAGACGGUGGGCAGACCUGCAUUCAAGAGGUUUGAUAUCGACAGCUGCACUUACUACUUCAGCUGGGACUCCCGGGCUGCCUGCGCCGUGAAGCCUCAGGAGGUGCAGAUGGUGAAUGGGACCAUCACCAACCCUAUAAAUGGCAAGAGCUUCAGCCUCGGAGAUAUUUAUUUUAAGCUGUUCAGAGCCUCUGGGGACAUGAGGACCAAUGGGGACAACUACCUGUAUGAGAUCCAGCUUUCCUCCAUCACGAGCUCCAGAAACCCGGCAUGCUCUGGAGCCAACAUCUGCCAGGUGAAGCCCGACGAUCAGCACUUCAGCCGGAAAGUCGGCACCUCUGACAAGACCAAGUACUACCUUCAAGACGGCGAUCUUGAUGUCGUGUUUGCCUCUUCCUCUAAAUGCGGAAAGGAUAAGACCAAGUCUGUUUCUUCCACCAUCUUCUUCCACUGCGACCCUCUGGUGGAGGACGGGAUCCCCGAGUUCAGUCACGAGACUGCCGACUGCCAGUACCUCUUCUCUUGGUACACCUCAGCAGUGUGUCCUCUGGCGGCGGGCUUUGACGGCGAGAAUCCUGGGGACGACGAGCAGGUGCACAAGGGGCUGUCGGAGCGGAGCCAGGCUGUCGGCGCGGUGCUCAGCCUGCUGCUGGUGGCACUCACCGGCUGUCUGCUGGCCCUCCUGCUCUACAAGAAGGAGAGGAGGGAAACAGUGAUAAGUAAGCUGACCACUUGCUGCAGGAGAAGUUCCAACGUGUCCUACAAAUACUCAAAGGUGAACAAGGAAGAAGAGACAGAUGAGAACGAAACAGAGUGGCUGAUGGAAGAGAUCCAGCUGCCUUCUCCACGGCAGGGAAAGGAAGGGCAGGAGAACGGCCAUAUUACCACCAAGUCUGUGAGAGCCCUCAGCUCCCUGCAUGGGGAUGACCAGGACAGUGAGGAUGAGGUUCUGACCAUCCCAGAGGUGAAAGUUCACUCGGGCAGGGGAGCUGGGGCAGAGAGCUCCCACCCGGUGAGAAACCCACAGAGCAGCGCCCUUCAGGAGCGUGAGGACGAUAGGGCAGGGCUGGUCAGGGGUGAGAAGGCGAGGAAAGGGAAGUCCAGGUCUGCACAGCAGAAGACAGUGAGCUCCACCAAGCUGGUGUCCUUCCAUGACGACAGCGACGAGGACCUCUUACACAUCUGACUCCGCAGUGCCUGCAGGGGAGCACGGAGCCGCGGGACAGCCAAGCACCUCCAACCAAAUAAGACUUCCACUCAAUGAUGCUUCUAUAAUUUUGCCUUUAACAAAAACUUUCAAAAGGGAAGAGUUUUCGUGAUGGGGGAGAGGGUGAAGGAGGUCAGGCCCCACUCCUUCCUCAUUGUUUACAGUCAUUGGAAUAAGACGUGGCUCAGAUCGGCCACAGGGCGGUACCCUGUGCCCAGGGUUUUACCCCAAGUCCUCAUUUAAAAACGUAAGACCAGAUGCAUCUCAAAACAGAGGGCUGCAUUCUAAGAAACCCUUGCUGCUUUAGGCCCGAUAGGGUGUUUGACCCCAGUAUAUUUUAGCAUUUUAAUUCUCUCCCCCUAUUUAUUGACUUUGACAAUUACUCAGGUUUGAGAAAAAGGAAAAAAAGAAAACAGCCACCGUUUCUUCCUGCCGGCAGGGGUGUAAUGCACCGGUUUGUCCAUCCUGAGACGGCGAGGCUGUUGGUGUGCGGGACGGUUUCCGGUGGGAUUUUGAACUGGUCAUUAGUGUGUCCCCUGAGUUGCAGCUCAUACUGUCUCUUUUCUCUUUUGCUUUCUGUUUCUUAAGGGCACACACGUGCGCGCGCGCACACACACACAUACGUGCACAGGGUCCCUGAGUGCCUAGGUUUUGGAGAGUGCGCCUGUUCUAUGCCUUUAGUCAGGAAUGGCUGCAGCUUUUUGCAUGACAUCUUCAAGCCUGGGCGCACAGAGCAUGUUUGUCAGUAUUUCUUUCACCGGCUGGUGAAUUCAAACAACCUGCCCAAAGAUUGAUUUGUGUGUUGGUGUGUGUGUGUGUUUGAGUAGAGUUGAGGUGUCAGAGAAAAUGAACUUUUCCAGAUUUGGGGGAUAGGUCUCAUCUCUUCAGGUUCUCAUGAUACCACCUUUACUGUGCUUAUUUUUUUAAGAAAAAAGUGUUGAUCAACCAUUCGACCUAUAAGAAGCCUUAAUUUGCACAGUGUGUGACUUACAGAAACUGCAUGAAAAAUCACGGGCCAGAGCCUCGGGCCUAGCGUUGCACUUGGCCUCAUGCUGGAGGGAGGCCGGGUGGGCACCGCGUGGGGGAGGAGGGAUGCGCUGCUCGCGUUCUUAUUCUGGCGGCAGCGCCUUUUCUGCCAUAUUUAGUGAAUGACUUUUCUCGCAUUGUAGAAUUGUAUAUAGACUCUGGUGUUCUAUUGCUGAGAAGCAAAGCGCCCUGCAGCGUCCCUCAGCCUGUACCGGUUUGGCUGGCUUGUUUGAUUUCAACAUGAGUGUAUUUUUUAAAAUUGAUUUUUCUCUUCAUUUUUUCAAUCAACUUUACUGUAAUAUAAAGUAUUCAGCAAUUUCAAUAAAAUAUAAAUUAUUAA